UGCACUGCAGCAAAGGAAAGCAGAGACAGCUUCUCUAUUGAGGAACAGAAGCGAGAUGAAGUGGGUGACUAAUAAUGAUAGCUCAACCAAAAGGCAUCAUCACCACCGCACAGCAAGCCUUAGCCAAUUCGACCGUUGUGCUCCCGCGCUUUUAAAACUGUCACCAACCGCAACCUUCCCCCUUCAACUCCGCCCCCAUUAUUAAGUAGUAGAACUCUCUCUAUCUGUUCCCCGUCGCGGUUGUCCCCUCUUUGCCGCCUCCUCUUUGAGCCAAAUCCUUAAGAGGAACGGAACAUGGGCUCGUUCGACCGACCGAGGAAGAGGAUCCAGCUGUGGAAGAAGGCCCUCAUCCACUUCGCCUUGUGCUUCGUGAUGGGCUUCUUCACCGGCUUUGCCCCCGCGAGUACCGCCUCCAUCUUCUCCCGCCGCAUCGGCUCCUCUGACCGGCCGACGAAGCCCGUGCCUGCCUUGGAGAAGCUCGCCGACCCUGGCAUCGCCAACCGGAGCAUAAUGGCUGAGAUUCCAGUGGGAGAAUCUCCUGAGCCGCAUUUGGAUCGGCAACUGAUCAUCAUAACGACGACUCGCUCCGACGACAGGCUGCAAGAGGCAUUCUUGAGGAGACUGGCCUGCACCUUGAAGCUGGUGCCCCCGCCGCUGCUCUGGAUCGUUGUCCAAGCCCGUGCCGCAGCCCCCGUGACGGCCGAGAUGCUGAGGAAGACCGGCGUCAUGUACAGGCACCUGACGUUCGAGAAGAACUUUACUGACCCGGCGGCGGAGGCCGACCACCAGAGGAACGUGGCGCUGAAUCAUGUGGAGUAUCACCGGCUUGCCGGGGUCGUUCACUUCGCAGACGCAUCCAACGUCUACGAUCUCGAAUUCUUCGAAGAGAUCAGACAGAUUAAGGUUUUUGGGACUUGGCCAUUGGCGACGGCAUCGGCAAACAGGAGGAGAGUGGUGGUGGAUGGGCCGGUUUGCAGCUCUUCCAAGGUCGUGGGAUGGCUCUUCAAGGACUCGAGCAAUGACAAAGCCACUGUUAGGAGUCCGAUGACCGAUGCCGACAUGAAGGGGAAAUCUCUACAGAUCGACAUAUCAGCCUUUGCGUUCAAUAGUACGAUUCUGUGGGAUCCUGAGAGAUGGGGCCGCCCCACAUCGGUGCCCGACACAUCGCAAGACUCAAUGAAGUUUGUCCAAAAGGUAAUACGAGAAGAUGACAUCAAGUUGAAAGGCAUUCCUGCUGAUUGCUCCAAGAUCAUGCUGUGGCAUCCUUACAGACCAAGGGCCAUCCCUCUGCCCUUCCAAAAUCCAAGGUAA